AUGUUUCUUCGCUCCAUCGCUCGCGCUGCUCCUCGCAGCCCGGCCGCCAUCCGUGCCGGUCCCAUGGCCUCGCUGAACGCCAUGCAGACCCGUGCUGCCUCUGAGCACGCUAUUGCCAACCCUACUCUCGCCAGCAUUGAGAAGCGCUGGGAGGCUAUGCCCCCUCAGGAGCAGGCCGAGCUGUGGAUGCAGCUCCGUGACCGCAUGAAGGUCGACUGGCACCAGAUGACCCUGCAGGAGAAGAAGGCCGCCUACUGGAUUGCCUUUGGUCCUCACGGUCCCCGCGCCGAGGCCCCCAAGGGUGAGGGUCUCCGCAUCUUCUUCAAGGUUGCUCAGCUCACCGCUGCCUCGGUCGCCGUCUUCUACGCCAUCCACUACUUCGCCAAGCCCCAGCCCAAGACCAUGUCCAAGGAGUGGCAGGAGGCCAGCAAUGAGUACGCUCUGUCCGAGAAGAUCAACCCCAUCCACGGCAUCAGCAAGGAUGGUUACGAGGGCCAGGGCUUCGUCCAGAGCCCUUCCGCCGACAAGUCAUAA